AGCAAGAGAACAAACGUUGGCGGACGAGCUAUCAAACAACAACGACGCGGAAAGCAGCGCUCCUAUUUCUACGUCUACAACAAGAGCGCGAGGCUGCCUUUCAAGCGACCUACUCCGAUACAAUACGAUCUCCUUACACCAUAGACACCGUCAUACAGCUCCUGUCGGAUCCACACACUUCUUCUCUUAAUCCCAUAGAAAGCGCACUCUCAACCGAAGCCGGAGACACGCUUCUCUCCACCAAUAAAUAAAUACCAAAUAAUUAAUAUAUCCUUGUCAAAUGUCCGACGACGAGCCAAAGUUUGACUUCAGCGAAGGCACCGGCGAGGCCCUCGGCAGCCUUCCGUGUUUCACCGUCGUUGGUCCGCGCAGUGCGGCCGGCAAGGCGCUGGAGACGGCGCUGGAGCCCCUUCACCGCCUCGUCUACGGCCGCCCUGGCAUGAGUGGGGAACGUCGUGCGGCGCUCGAAGACUUCAAAGGCUUCCCGCCUGCCAUGAAGGCAGAGGUGGAGGAGAAGAUCGGCAAGCUGACGAAGGAUCGCCUGCGGAACGUUAUUCAAGCCCUGGGCCUCGCCCUGCCGAUCAGCCAACUGCGGGCUGAGCUGGUCGCCGGUGUCGUGGCCUUCCUCAUGGCGCCGAAGGAUGAGGGCAAGUUCACGGACCCCAAGGCCGCUGCGCCACCAACGAAGAAGAGGAGGUCCGCAUCUCCAAAGAAGGCCGCACCGACCGGAAGAAAGCGCCCCGCUGAGCCGUCGCCGUCGCACGCCAAAACAGCGGCGGCGAAGAAGCGCAUCAAAAAAGCCAAACCCGAGUCCGCCGAGGCAAUCACCGGACCGGCAUCAACGACAUCAUCGACACGCUCUGCAACGGCCAGCGAAGGACCGAGUGAGGCGGUGGUACUCGUCGAGGUGUACCACCGCGUGUUGGCCAUGCCGCACGAGGAGCGCGCUGUGUUCGGCGUCAAGGCGCUGCGCACGAGCCUCGAGGACCACUUCCGGCUGCCCCCUGGUGGGCUCCAGUCGCAGAAGGAGGCGAUUACGGCGACGGCAGCGGACUGCGUGCGAGCGCUGCGGGAAGCGGAGGAGCGAGCCGUCGCGGCGCUGCCAUCCGCCACGGCGGCCACAGCAACACCACGCACCCAUUCCUUUGCAAAUGCGGAACCAGUCGAGCCUCUUGCGGCGGGUCACGUCGCCCCACUGCCUUCUGGUGCGACGCCUCUGUGA